UUCACUUCCGGGGGUCGUGCCGCCCUGUUCUCCAGGCUGGGCUCUGGCUCUCGUGUCUGCUCGACUGCCGCCUCCCUCCGACCCGCCCGGCGUUACAGAGCCGAGCCGAGCCGUGGAGCCCCCUCCGGCCCGGCCAUGAGCGCGGCCGCAUGAUGCGUCCCUGCCUCGGCCGCUGCAGCCGCCGCCGCCGCCGCCGCAGGCCGGGAGGAGCCGCAGCGCCAGGCCACCCAGCCCGGGCUUCGGAUCCUAUCAUACCGGAAAGUAUGCACCUUAAGAUCCUGAAGAAAAGGCACAAAAUGUUCAAGUAAUGUUUAGAAAUAACUUUUAAGGGCACGUCAGGAAACCAUGCCGUCAUCAGGACACCGGCUCCGGGAUGUUGAGCAUCAUCCUCUCCUGGCUGAAAAUGACAAUUAUGACUCCUCCUCCUCAUCAUCCUCCGAGGCCGACUCGGCAGACCGGGUGUGGUUCAUCCGCGAUGGCUGCGGUAUGAUCUGCGCUGUCCUGACGUGGCUUCUGGUUGUGUAUGCGGAUUUCGUGGUGACCUUCGUUAUGCUGCUGCCGUCCAAAGACUUCUGGUACUCGGUGGUCAAUGGGGUUAUCUUCAACUGCCUGGCUGUGCUCGCCCUGUCAUCUCACCUGAGGACCAUGCUCACCGACCCUGGGGCAGUACCCAAAGGAAAUGCUACUAAAGAAUACAUGGAGAGUUUGCAGCUGAAGCCUGGAGAGGUGAUCUACAAGUGUCCAAAGUGCUGCUGCAUCAAGCCCGAGCGCGCCCACCACUGCAGUAUCUGCAAAAGAUGUAUUCGGAAAAUGGAUCAUCACUGCCCAUGGGUGAACAAUUGUGUAGGAGAGAAGAAUCAGAGAUUUUUUGUGCUCUUUACCAUGUACGUCGCGCUGUGCUCGGUGCACGCUCUCGCCCUCUGCGGACUCCAGUUCAUCUCCUGUGUCCGAGGGCAGUGGACAGAAUGCAGUGAUUUCUCACCUCCGGUAACUGUAAUCCUGUUGAUCUUCCUGUGCCUUGAGGGUCUUCUGUUUUUCACUUUCACCGCAGUUAUGUUUGGCACCCAGAUCCACUCAAUAUGCAAUGAUGAAACGGAAAUCGAGAGGCUGAAGAGUGAGAAGCCAACGUGGGAGCGGAGGCUGCGCUGGGAGGGCAUGAAGUCCGUCUUCGGGGGGCCCCCCUCGCUGCUCUGGAUGAACCCCUUUGUCGGCUUCCAAUUUAGGCGACUGCAGAUGAGACCCCGGAAAGGGGGCCCUGAGUUCUCAGUGUGAGGCCCUCUCAUCGUGCUGGAACUUGUUAAAGGACUUUCAACUAUUUAUUUGGGAUCAGAAAGGGUAUCAACAGCUCAUCUGUGACCAAAAGGGCAAGUGGAACCUACAAGAGUCAGUUGCUUGCAGCAAGCAGAGUUCUCUAUAUUUAUGGUCACAGAUGGCAGAUUUCCCCAGCACGCAGCCUGGCGAUGCUCUGAUCAGCGUCACUGUCCAGUAGUGAAGGUGUGUGGCCACACGAAGAAGCCAAAUGUCAUUCUCUUCCUGCACAGUUGGGAGUUUGGUUACCAUCCUUUGCAUUUUCUGAGAAUUUGUAGGGGGUGUUACCUGGGUUGUUAAAAUCCUGUGUGCUGAGCUGCUUUCCUCAAUCAUGAAAACAAGUCAAUCCAGUGAACAGGAUUCUGAGGCUGCUGGUUUCAGGGAGCUCCCAUUGAUCCUGUGACUCAUGAGCGACCCCUCGAUCAUAAGGGGCCUUGAUGCCAGAGCACAUGGCCCCGCUGCCCCAACACUUUGCACUGAGCCCGGGGGGGCUCCAGGUGCGCUCCCCGAGGCGGCGGUCCCUGACCCUGUGCGUCUGUGUGUGUGCGUGCACGUGUUUUAAAGCAGGCGGUGCUGUUUGGGCCAUGUGACAUGUCAUGGCCGUGUGUAGCACACAAGCUGUUUUUUAGGGACUGACGUUUCAGGGAAGGGGGAGUGCUGCGGGGUCCUCCUCCCAUGGGGUUUACUCUGAAUGUAUUGCAUACUGGAGAAUAUCUCGAUCCAAAGAACAAUCAUUCCUGUGUGGUCCUCUGUUGCCCUCCUGUUUUCAUUUUAUUUUAAGACUCUUGAGUGCGUGAGGGGGCUUUGGAACUGACUUGUUCCAGCCCAGUUAGCAGUGGGUCAGCAGCCCCUGGGGGAGAGAAGUACGGCAUCUGCAGUGGCUGGUUCCCCCACAGCUUGAUGCGUGUGCAGCGGGCGGGUGUGGGAGGGCAGGCAGGGCAGCCACGCAGCAGGAGCAGGGGUGGCCUCGGGGCAGCCCUGCGGAGGAGAGGGGCCCACAGGCAGGAGCCCCUGGGCCCAUGUGCCUCGCUUGCAGACAGUAUUCAGGAUGGCAACAGCUUAUUUGAUUUUUCAUCUUUCUCAUUUUUUGGGUAUCGUUUAUGUUUGUUUCUCUACCCACAUCAUAAGUCAUCAAAUAGGACCCUUGGUGCAGAGCUUAAAAUUAUGCCAGAAAGCAAACAGCUCCCCUCCUCGGGGACUCGCCUUAAACUUGCCUGGUUUGUACACGUGUUUUGCAGGACUCACGAGGAACCAUCUCUGACAGGGUCUGGGGCUCCCCGGAGCCCGCCUCCCAUGCAGAGAAGGGUGGGUGUGUCCCUCCUGGUCUCCACGCCUUUCUGCUCAUCUGUGAGCCGUUUUACUUUUCUUUUGAAUGAACCCUUCCCUAUCCUAAUCAGGGCUUCUACCGCUGCUGACGCAGAACCACAGAGGGACCUGCUUGAGGACAGUCGGAACCAAGUAGCUCAGCUCGGGGUGGUUGUGAGAUGGACUCAGUCACUGCGGAGACGUGAGCAUCAGGGGCGGGGCUGAGUCGCAGCCAGAGGACAGAACAGGAGAACAGGAGAUGGAGGAGUUUCCGGAGAUCGUUCUGCAUAUUCAUUUGCACAUCUGUCAUCCGGGGUGGACACGUGUCUGGCUUCAAUGUGAGGCUUUUAAUCUGUAUAUCCUGUUUAUCAAUAAAACAAUUAUCGAAGUGGUUGAAUCCUGUGAGACUUGGCAAGUAUGUGCAAAUCAAGUAUACUUGACUUUUCAACCUCUUCUUUCAAUGUAACUUUUGUAUGAAAUAAAGUCACCAAUUGACAGUU